GAAGACGUACCUGCGCAGAAGCAGCGUGUCAGCGCGCCGUUGCAGUUCUUCCGUCCCAGGCUGUGACGCAGGCUCCUGGCAUCCCCGUGUUGGCCGGAGAGACGGGAAGAUGGUGCUGGAUCUGGAUUUGUUUCGUGUGGAUAAAGGGGGUGACCCAGCCCUGAUCCGGGAGUCGCAGGAGAAGCGUUUCAAGGACCCGGGACUUGUGGACCAGCUGGUGAAGGCAGACAGCGAGUGGAGACGAUGCAGAUUUCGAGCAGACAACUUAAACAAGCUGAAGAAUCUAUGCAGCAAGACAAUUGGAGAAAAAAUGAAGAAAAAAGAACCAGUGGGUGAUGACGAGUCCAUUCCAGAGAAUGUGUUGAAUUUCGAUGAUGUCACUGCAGACACUUUAGCUAACCUGAAAGUCUCACAAAUCAAAAAAGUCCGACUCCUUAUCGAUGAAGCCAUCCUGAAGUGUGAUACAGAGCGCCUCAAGCUGGAAGCAGAGCGUUUCGAGAACCUCAGAGAAAUUGGGAACCUUCUACACCCAUCUGUGCCCAUCAGUAAUGAUGAGGAUGCAGACAACAAAGUAGAGAGGAUAUGGGGUGACUGUACGGUCAGGAAGAAGUACUCUCACGUGGACCUGGUAGUGAUGGUAGAUGGCUUUGAAGGCGAGAAGGGAGCCGUGGUGGCUGGGAGUCGAGGCUACUUCCUGAAGGGGGUCCUCGUGUUCCUGGAACAGGCUCUCAUCCAGUACGCCCUUCGCUCCCUGAGAAGCCGGGGCUACACUCCCAUUUACACCCCCUUUUUCAUGAGGAAGGAGGUCAUGCAGGAGGUGGCACAGCUCAGCCAGUUUGACGAGGAACUUUAUAAGGUGAUUGGCAAAAGCAGUGAAAAGUCCGAUGACAACUCCUACGAUGAAAAGUACCUAAUUGCCACCUCGGAACAACCCAUUGCUGCUCUGCAUCGGGAUGAGUGGCUGAGGCCGGAGGACCUGCCCAUCAAGUAUGCUGGCCUGUCUACUUGCUUCCGCCAGGAGGUGGGCUCCCACGGCCGUGAUACCCGGGGCAUCUUCCGAGUCCACCAGUUUGAGAAGAUUGAGCAGUUUGUGUUCUCGUCACCCCAUGACAACAAGUCAUGGGAGAUGUUUGAAGAGAUGAUUGCCACCGCUGAAGAGUUCUACCAGUCUCUGGGGAUCCCAUACCACAUCGUGAACAUUGUCUCAGGAUCUUUGAAUCAUGCUGCCAGUAAGAAGCUUGACCUGGAGGCCUGGUUUCCAGGCUCUGGAGCCUUUCGCGAGUUAGUCUCCUGUUCUAACUGCACAGAUUACCAAGCUCGCAGACUCCGGAUACGCUACGGGCAGACCAAGAAGAUGAUGGACAAGAGAAAGAAUAAUCUCCCUUUAUCUGCACAGAACAAGUUGGAGGCAACGUCUUCCCUCUUCUCACCCAAGAAGGUGGAAUUUGUUCACAUGCUCAAUGCAACAAUGUGUGCCACUACUCGUACCAUCUGUGCCAUCCUGGAGAACUACCAGACAGAGAAAGGCAUCAUUGUGCCCGAGAAGCUGAAAGAGUUCAUGCCACAAGGACUCCAGGAAUUGAUUCCCUUCGUGAAGCCUGCACCCAUUGACCAGGAGCCAUCGAAAAAGCAAAAGAAGCAGCACGAAGGUAGCAAAAAGAAGACGGGCAGAGAUGUCAUCCUGGAAUCCCAGAUGCAGAACCUGGAGGUGGCUGACGCCUGACUGUCCCUCCUCCCCAUGGGCCAGGCUUCCUUUCUACCUGUCAGGGGCGUCUCAGAGCCCACCUGGGAGCAGGGAAGCCAGGUCCCACUCCCUAUACACCGCCCCUGUCUGACUGCAUAACCGUGUACAGCAUGCGUGUCUCUGUGUCUGCGCAUGGGCAUAGGAGCCAAUCACAUGUGACUGAUGAAACCAUGUAAUAAAGCGUCCCUGAGGAGGGUCCCAGUCACCCCCUGUCUUCCUCCUAGAGCCCUGAACCCUGUCUCUGAUGGCUUUUCCUGAGAUGGCACUCAUUUUUGCUUGUAUUUCCCAGUAAGGCUGCUCCAUCCAGUCCAAAAAUCUAAGAGCCUUUGAGCAGGCAGGUGGCAGGGGAGCCUGGCAGGGAUUUAGGAAGAUCCGAGGGCAUGAUAAAGAUCCCAAGUCACAGAUUCAAGUUCACAGCACAGGGCCAGAUUUUUUAUUUAUUUCUUUUUUCUUUUUUUUUUUAAUCAGCUUGCUCCUGUUUGAAAGCAGUGAGGCAGGGAUUGGCAUAGUUCUCAGCAUGGAUGCCAAAGCCAGCCUGCGAGUUCCCUGGGAGGAGGCCGUGGAGAGGGAGUGGGCAGGUGCUAUGAAUUGUCAGGGUGAAUGAGUCCCAGUCUGGUGGGUGGAGCUGCAGAUUCAGGGAGGCAGGCUGGGGACUUGGCAGUGAUGGCUGCUUCUCUCUUCACAACAUCCACAUACUGGGAGACUACUGAUGGCGGCCCGCAGGUGGAGAGUGGGGGCUGUGGACAGGAGGAUGUUCCAGUUCCUUCUCUGGAGUUGCCACUGCCGUCCGGAGCGUCAGUCCACCCUUUCUCCGGGAGGGUAGUAGUUAGGCCCUUCAUCUGCCUGCUGUCUUUCAUCUGCAAUCUACAAACCCUUGACUUUAAUAACACCUUGUGGGAGCUCAGUGCUGCUCUCCAAGGAGAGUAGCGUAAUGCCUAUAGGUGAUGGCUUUCAUCUUGGUGACGGACCCAGAAGGGAAGGUGGGGCCUUGAUUAUACCCAUCCCAGAAGUACAGGUGAGAGGGGGAGAUGAGACAGAUGGGAGUCGCCAGGUGGGAGUCUGGCCCCAAGUCAUCAGCGGAUUCCUUUGGGAGUUGGGAGCUGGAAUCAACUGACCUGGCACUCGGGCACCUCCAUUGCAGCUUCCUUGGUCCCAAAGCAGUGGCUCUUCCUGGCCUGCUGGGGCUUGGUACCUGGGAAAGACGUCAUGGGCUGUUGUCCACUAGAUGCCUGGUAUUUUAGCUGUGCUAACUGGAAAACCUAUCCACACUGACAUGCUUGAAGCGGGGAAUGCCAUGGCCCCGGGGCCUUGCCUGGCAGUGCCUGCUCAU